AUGAGAGCGGCGCUGGUGGACUACAGCAGCUCCGGCUCGGAGGGCGAGGGCGAGGGCGGGGGCGCCGCCGGGGAGAAAGGCAGCGGGGACCCUGGGCCUGCUCCGCCGGGCGGCCGCGAUCUCUCCCCGCCGGGCAGCAGAAAUAACGUGCCGGGAGGAAGAGCUGCAGGGUCCUCCCUCCCCUUGCCGGACAGCGUGCAGAGGAUGUUCAGAGAUGAGGAAGAGAAGGAAAGGGUGGUGGAUGACUGCAGUAAACAUGGAGGCCGCCUGCGGACAUUUCCUCAUGAACGCGGCAACUGGGCAACCCAUGUGUACAUGCCAUACGAAACUGGGGAGGACUUUCUGGAUUUACUGCAGCUUCUCCUAAUCUGUGGGCGCACUUACGUGCCUCUGCUGAUGGGACAGGAAGAAUUCCACAUCAGCCUCUCUCAAGGCGUGGUGUUGCGCCACCACUGGAUCAACCUUUUUGUCCAGUCCCUCAAAGAACGCUUGGCUUCCUGCCACAGGUUCACCUUCAGAGCUGACCAAGUGAAGGUUUACACCAAUGAGACCAAAACAAGGACCUUUGUUGGCUUAGAAGUUUCUUCAGGACAUUCUCAAAUGUUGGAGGUGGUUUCAGAAGUGGAUGAAGUGAUGGAGGAAUUUAACCUAAUGCCUUUUUACAAGGAUCCCUCGUUCCACGUGAGCCUUUUCUGGUGUGUGGGGAAUAUGUCGGAAGCCCUCAGAGGCCAGUGUAUUCAGGAAAUGCAGGAGAUUGUGGAUGGCUUUGAGGACUCUACCUACUUGCUGCGAAUUCCUGGGACUGAAGUCCGUUGCAAAUCUGGCAAUAAGGUUUUCUCGUUCCCUCUGCGAUAGAGAAGCCCAGGAACAAGAGCAGCCGACUUGUGAUAGGCACUUUCAGCCCUUUUCCAAAGAUGGGCCGAGGUGCCACCGGAUUCCCAUCAAGUCCCUUUGGAGUCAACUGCGCUUGGCAGCAGCGGACCUUCCAAGAGCACAUUUCAGAGCCAAGGCAGUUAAUGCCCUCAGACCUCUGCCAGGCCAGGCCCUGCUUCACUCCAGUUCUCAGCUGCCGUAGAAACAAAAGUAUGGCUUCCUGAGAGUAAGAGGGAGCCAGUGGGAUGUUUCUCCAAGCUGCAGGACUUUGUCUUGUAGAAGGCUGAUCCAGGGGUGACCCUUGGGGGAUGUCUCGGGCAUGGGGUCUGGUCUUUCUCAGAGUGAGCCACAGUUGAAAUGGAGAAAAGGAGAGCCAAUUUUCUUCAUCGUCGGUUUCGGGCGCUUUGCUGAAGGGGUUCGCCAAAGCUUCCUGGAUAAAUGAUUGUUCAGAACCUGC